GCUGUCGCAACAGCUGCUGCAGGCGCUGCCGACUACGCCGAAGGCUCCUCAGCUUUCCUCGCCGCCAGCAGUGACCUCGACGGAGGGCGGCGACAAAGCUCCGGCCGCCAUGGCAGAGCUCAUGACGGCACUCACGCAACAGCGGGAUGCCCUACCUCCUCAGGUUCAGGCUCUCUUGGAGAGCCACUUCGCCGCGGACCUCAAGACGACGGAGAAGUCACUGCAUCGCUUGGUCAAGCAACAGGGCCAAGCGAGGCAGGAGCUCAGCAAUCUCCGCAGGGCCAGAGCCCAGUACAUGGUGGAGUGGAAUGGGUACCUCGCAGGACUCAAGGACCUCCUCGCCAAGCAGCUGGACAUCAAGAACAACAGCAUGCGCGAGUAUGCGGAGGCCGAGGAGAAAUGGACUUCACAGCUGGUUGCGGCGACACAAGCCUUGCAACAGGCUUCCGGAGGAGGUCCAUCCAACGACACCGUCGACCUCACCGACGAGCACAUCGACGCCAUGGAUGCCGAAGUUGCGGAGGAUGCCGAAAGGGAGUCCGCAAGGUCUAUGGCAGUCGAAAGGGCUACGGACAAGGAACAAGCGCUUGUCGCAGCCCUCGAGCUGGCUCAGCAGGCAGCAAAGGAUCAAGCAGAGCAGUAUCGGGAGCGAACUCCACGGCGCUCCAGACCGGCGGCCGGGGAAGUGCCGUCGGCGACUGCAGACGAGGCUGCUGGGCCUAUGCCACCCCGCAUGGUGCCUCACACCAUAGCGGAUGACCGGAGCUUCACUGGAGAGUUCUGGGGGCCCCUUUUGGGUCUUUGUGCACAGGCUGAUGUUGCCCUCCAGGAGUUCCUACCUGAUGGGGCGACAAGUCCUUUCGACAACGUGGACCGCAGGUUGCUGAUGGGCAGCAGCUUGUGGGAUACUUUGGCGCAGGAAAGCGUUGAGGCCACUUCCGAUUUGUGUCCUCUGGCGUUCCAGCUUUCCGGUGCCUAUCAUGGCAGAAGAGGAACCGAUGCAGCUGACGAAGCCAGAGGCCGCGAUGCUGGGGUGGCUUCGCGCUUUUCCUCGAGUGCAGAUGAAGCUGAGAGUGAGCGUGCUGUAGGUUCCUGGCAUCAGCAGGUCCUCCAAGCCCUCCAAGAUUGUGCAAGUGUUGUCGCGACUUGCAGCUGGGAGUGCCUCUCGGCCGAUCCCUCGCUCGCCGGACAGUGGGCCAGUAGUUUUGCUAGAAAGUGCCGUGGCAGGGCACGGCGAAGGCAAGAGGAACACUUACUUAGGUGGACCAAUCUCGCCGCGGCCCGUACCGCGGGGGCGUACUUCUUUCACUUCAAGGGGAGCUGCCAUACCGGGCCAGAGCACAAGUGUCCCGACUGUGCUCUGCAAUGCAAGACCGCGGCCGCACUUGCAGCUCACAUGAGCAAGGCUCACGGCCGUGUUGCCACAUCAACUGCUGUGGCAAACGGUACUCGAUGUGAAGUAUGUAGUACCGAAUUUUGGAGCACCAAGCGGCUCCGAGAUCAUUUGCGCAGACAGCCCAAAUGUUUGAAGGUCUGGGCGGAGUCCGAUCUUGAUAGCCGCGAAGUCGCGGAGACUUCGCGCAGGCAUGCUUGGCGGCCUGCCUGCAAAACCAGCGGACCGGCACCUUGGUGGGCGACCCUGCGGCCUGAGUCAGCCCCUUCGACUGCCACCGAUGCCUCUUUCGAUGGACUUCGCUUCAUCACUGCCUGGCUCCAGUCCGCUACCAAUGGGCUGACAGAGACUCAGGUCCACCAGCUCAUCGCUCAUGGCAUUGCAUACCACCUCACUCCGGACGACAUGCCUGUAGCGGUCAUUCCUACGAGCGCUUCCGCUCACGGAAUAGCGCGUUGCGCCCUUUUUGCUGCACAAGCUAUCCUAGCGCGGAGCGCGGGAAGUGAAGCUGUGCUUGGAUACAAGGUCCAUGUGCAGGGGGACCGUGCAUCCAUCUGGCCUAACGAG